GAGGUUCUAGCACAUCAAAAAAGAUUAUUCAGCUUAUCAAAUUACAAUACUUGAUAUUUGUUUUUAUAAUAAUUUGUUUUUUUUUGUCUGGACUUUACAAUUAAAAAAAAAACACUUUUCAUUAUUUUUUCGAUGUUUCUUGACGCCAUUAUGGGUACUCUGUUCAACCUACAUAUAGCUAGUUAUUUAUGUGCAUCUAUAGGAGCGUUUAUUUACGUAACUUUUAUUUUUAAUACUUUUUUAUAUCUAGCUGUUUAAAAUGCAGAAUAGAGAUUUGUAUUUAUGGUAUCAAAGUUUAGAAGAAAAAAACCUAUCCAAUGUGUGCACAGUUUUUAGACAACGAUUUUCUUCCAACUUUCAAAUUACUGAUAAUGACCUUAGUUUGUUUUCGAAAAUAAAAAGAGUUAUUCAGAAAAGUAGGUUGCUGACUAAAAAAAGUAAAGAAGAAUUUAUGCUUUUAAAUUUUAUACCACCAAUAUCUGAAACAAAUAUUCAAACAUUUUUACUAUCAACAUCACCUAAAAAAGAAAAAAAUCUCGUAAAUGACCUAGACCAUCUUAAAAUCGAAAAUAAAACUUUAAAACGCAAAGUUGAAGCUGUUCACAAUUUAAAAGAAAAUUAUAAAAACUGCUAUAAACAGCUAAAUAAUCUUGAAAGUGGAAAUAAAAAACUUAAGUCAGUUAUAAAAACCAGCAAUGCAGAGAAACUAGAAUUCAUAAGACAGUCCAAACAGUGUAAAGCACUAUAUACAACAACGAAUGAACGGCUGUCAGCUCUAGAAAAAAAAUUUACCACAUUAAAACUUAAGAAUAAAACAAACAGAAUUCGAAAUUUAAACAAGAAGAUUUUGUAUCGAGAUAUAAAGCUAGAAAAACAAGAAAAAGAAAUUGAUGCAUUAAAAGCCCAAUUUGUAAGCCAAUCUCAAACUUUAAAUAAGGAAUUCAAUGACCUUAAUCAAAUGCUAGAAAGUAGUAAUACAAAAGAUGAUAUUUUAUCACAAGAAAAAAGAAAUCUUCAAAAGAAAUUAUGUCGUUUGAAAAAUAAUUUAAAUAAAACAAAGGAAUCAAUUUCGGCUUCUUCGAUUGAAGACCUUACUUUCUUGCAGUCAGAAGUUAAAGAACUUGGUGCAAAAGUUGAAUCAUUAAACAAAGAAAACAUAUAUUUAAAUGGUCUUUUGAAGUUGUUGGAAGAUGAGGAAAUUGUAACUUUUGAAAGAGGGGGUUAUUCAAAUGAUAUUCGUGAAGUUAUUAUGGAGCUAUUAUCAUUAAAUGUUAGUAUGAACAAGGUCAAUGAUGUAAUCAAAAUUGUUUUAAAGAAACUUGCAAAAAAAACAGUUUCAAAACUUCCCUCUGUUGAUACAAUAUCUAGAUUUAUGUCAGCGGCUUUAAUUCUUGCACAGAUUCAAGUAUCAGAAGAAAUGUUAGAUAAUGUUGAGAAAGACACAGGAAACUGUUUGCAUGGGGAUGGAACAACCAAAUAUUACAGACAUUAUCAAAACUUUCAGUUGACUUCUAAAAGUGGUAAAAUGCUAUCAUUUGGGCUAUCAGAAUUAGCUUCUGGUGAUGCUGGAUCUACUUUGAGUUCUUUAACAGAAACAUUGGAUGAUAUUUGUGAUGUUCUGGACACAAAAGACAAGGAAAAAGACUUUGCAAAGUUAAUUUGUUCAUUUAAGACAACUAUGUCAGAUUUAGGUUCUAUCAAUCCACUUUUUAAUAGUAAAUUCAAAGAAAUGAGGGAGCUAUUGUUACCAAAAGUUAUAGAACAUUAGGACUAUUUAACAAUUAAACAAAAAAAUGAAUUUAAGGAAAUGUCAAACUUUUUUUGUAAGUUACACCUUUUAACAAACUUUGCAACUGAGACAGAUAAAGUACUGAGUUCAUUUGAAAAAAUAGCUCUGAGUGAUGAUCACAAAGACAUUUUUGCAUUUAAAACUUUUGAAUCGGGGGCUGCAAGACUCAUACGUUCUGCAUGUAAAGCAUUCCAUAAACGAGGUAGCAAUGAACUUGGUGUGGCAGGAUAUUUUAAUUCUUUUCUCAUUGGAAAAAGUGUAGACAAAUGUAUGUUUGCUCCUUUUAUAGGCAAUAGGUUCAACAUUUUGUUUUAUAAUGGUGCUGCACUGUAUUAUCAUUCUGAAUCUAUUAAAGAAUUUUUGUCUCAAUGGCCAAAUCCAAAUAAUCUAUUGAAGGCAGUUAAUGAAGAUAUAUCAAAUUUAUUAUUUUUAGCAGAAUCUUGUGCAUUAGGUAUUUUUGAUAAGUUAAUUACUGGUCCCCUUUGGAGACUCAUUGAAGAAAACAAAAACAUUCUUAGUAUGAAUAAGUUUUUAUUUUGUUUAAAAAUGAAAUUGUCAGAUCUUUGCAAAGACGCUUCUCCAAUGCUCAAUCAAACACCUGUAUUUGAUCCAAGAGAUGUCAAAAUACAUAAAGAUAAACUUUAUGAAAAACUUUUUGAGGAGACUGGAAAUAUAGAAUUUGAUGUCUUUGUGCAGCAGUCAUUAGAAAUAAUUUCCCAUGCGUUUUUAAUAAUUCUAGAAAGACAAGCAAUUGAUCAGCUCCCAGGAGGUAAAUAUUGGAACUCAGAUGAUAGAAUUCAAAAGGCUGCUGAAAAUGUACCAACAACUAACAAAGCUUCAGAAAGUGAUUUUGCGAUUCUGGAUCUACUUAUUCGGACAAAGCCCAAUGCUAAAAUACAAACAAUUCAAGCAUAUACAAUGUGGUACAGAAACAAAACCUUAGAUUGGUUGGAUGCAAAAUCAGAAGAAGAGCAUUACAUUUUAAUUGGAAAAGCUUCUAAUAGUGUUAAAAAGAUGAAAUUAAAGUAUAAAGAGCGUCAAGUAGAGUUAAUAUCAAAGAAAUCUUCUAUUCUGAUAGUAAAACAGCAACUCAAACCAGAUACAGAAAAGAAGGCAUUGCUGAAAAAAGCAAAUAUUGUAAAUGAGCUUAUUCAAUUGAAAUCGAUGAAGCAAAAGAUAAAUCUUCAAAAUUUGAAAAUGAUACUUUAAGGAAGCAAGUUAUUAGAGUUUAAUUAGAUUUUUAUCGUUAUGUAAUGGGGGCAAAAUGUUUGUUAAAGCUGUUUUAUAAAACUAAAGUUUCUGGAAAUAAACGUAUUGAUUUAAGUUCAGGUGAGUUAAUGGAGAACCUGUUGACUGUCAUUGGUAACUGCGAUUUGCCUCCACCAGAAAAAACAACCAAUACAUUAAAAGAAAAAAACCAACGCAAUGACUUGAUUAAGAAACAAAAAGAAAAGUUGUUUACAACGUUAAAAGAUUCUAGAAUGUCACAUCUUGCAAAACAAAAAAAAUUCCUGUUUCUGCCGGCUUUAUUAGAUGAUCCAUUUAGUUUAGUUGGGCGAGUUAUUCUUCAUAAAAUAAAAGAAGUUGAUGAAGAAGAGUAUUUUUGGUGCAAAGCAGAUAUUCUUAAAAUAGGUUAAGUUGGAAAAAAAAUCAAGCAAACAUUAUAUGAUGUUAUUUACGAAUCAGAACCUGGAAGCAUUUAUACAUUUCCACUGUUAUCUGACUUUGAUAAAGGAGAUAUGAUCUUGUUAUAAAAGAGAAACAUUUAAACACGAUGAAGUGCUUGUAAGAUUGUGGUGCAAUGCAAACAAGAAGAAAUGGUGGAUGAUGAUUUUAAAUACGUUUUUGUAUUUUUCUUAAUUUUGAUUUGUGUAUUUUUUGAUUAUUGUGUUUUUUCCAGCAGUGAUUAUCCUUUAAGUAAAGAUUUUAUUGCCUUUGACCCAAUUGCCCCAAAUGGGGCAAACUAGCAUUGGGAUUACAUAUUUAUUGGGUUUUUAUAAAUGUAUAUGAAUUUGUUUACUCUUACAAUAUAAAAAAGCUCUCAUUCUUUAA